CAGACAGAAGGGUGUUUUCGGACCGAAUAGUUCCUGCGCUUUACGAGAAAGUGAAAGUGGAUGUUCUCAGCUCAAUGGGUCGUGCACAGAGGGUGUCAAUAACGGUUGAUGGUUGGACCUCCUGUGCCACUGAUUCUUACAUUACUGUUACGGCACACUACGUGAACGAAGAGUGGGACAUGCAGUCUCACGUCCUGCAAACGCGAGUGUUUAAUGAGUCUCACACUGGGGUCAACUUGGCUGCGUUGCUGCAAGAUGUACUUCGCGAGUGGAACCUCGGAGAAAAAAAACCUGCCUUGGUGACAGACAACGCAAGAAACAUGCUAGUGGCAGGGGCUGGCGCAGAGAUAACACCCCAUGUCCGAUGCGUAGCCCACACAUUAAACUUGGCCUCGCAAAAGGCACUGAAGGUGGACAGGGUGUCCGAAUUGUUGGUGAAGGUGAGGAAGGUUGUUGCAUACUUCCAUAAAAGCCCACAAGCAGCUGAGGUUUUGAGGGAAAUUCAGUCCCAGCUACGCCUACCCAACCACAAACUUAUUCACGAUGUCUGUACAAGAUGGAACAGCUCUGUGGACAUGCUGGAGAGAUUCUGGGAGCAACAUCCUGCUCUGUUGAACGCUAUGCUGUCGAGAAGGAUCAGGAGGGGAGAGGGCCUGUUAGCAGUGAAUGAGGACGACAUGACUCUGAUCCAGGAAAUCAUCAAGCUGAUGUCCCCUGUCAAAGUGGCCACCACACUUUUGAGUGAAGAAAAAAGCCCAACCAUCUCAAUGAUCGCCCCAAUACAAGCCAAACUCCACAAACACUUCUCCGAAGACAACACUGACCUGCCAAUCAUUGCAGAUAUGAAGCAGCGCUUCAGACAAGAUUUUUUUGAUCGUUACUUGGAUCUCCAAGAACUCCUCUACAAUGCAUCGGGCCUUGAUCCCAGAUUCAAAGACCUGGCUUUCCUUGAUGUGGACUCCAGAGACCUCAUCUUCAUGAAAAUAACAUCUGAGGUGGUGAAGAUGAACGAGCAGACAGGAGACAGUGCUGCACUGUAUGAAGGAGAGGCAGAUGAGGGAGGCAGCGACGGAAGCCCCAGCAGGGAACGGAGAGAUGAUGAUGCCUCGCCCUCUCCUAAAAAGAAGACUGCCAUGGACCAGCUGUUUGGAGAGUUCAUCACCACAAGAACGCCAUUGAAGACCAUGAGGGAGAAAGCUAAGGAUGAAAUUUUAAAAUACAGAGAGAGAGAUUCCUUAGAACUAGGCGGUGAUGUGUUGCAGUGGUGGAAAGGGCAGGUGGACCUGCCACUCCUUUCAGCUUUAGCUAAGGAUUACUUGUCCAUUCCAGCAACUAGUGUGAGCUCUGAGCGUGUCUUUAGCAGUGCAGGGAAUAUUGUCACUGCCCAACGUAGUCUCCUGCACCCUGACCAUGUUGAUCAAUUGAUCUUUCUUAAAAAGAAUUUGAAAAAGACCCAUCUGGGUUAAAUGUUGGGAUUCACUUGUCUUAAUUUACAUAUGGGGAACUGUUACUCCCUUGUUAUGAUCAUUUGUUCAGAAUGAUUAAUCAUUUUACAGAGGCACAGAGGUAAUGAGUAUACCACUUUUGAAACGUAACAUUUUGAACUAUAUUUCAAUAAGUAGACAUGUUAUUUUCAAAAUGUGCACUGAGUAAAUGGAAAAUGACAUUUCAGUUAGAUUAUUAACCUUAGUUUGCUCUUCAGAUAUUGUAUGCACAUUUUGGACAUACCAUUUUUACCUAUGCACAUUUUGGAAAUUACUUGUGUGCCUAUUAGAAUAUUGUUCAAAAUGUUGCUUUUCAAAUGGGGUGUACUUGUCAAUGGUGUGCAUUGUAUAUUUGGGGGAAAAUGCGAUGUGUCCCUGUGUUAAGUUUUUCUUUUAGUUUUUAUAAUAGAUGGAAUAUCCUGGCCUGCACCUUUUGUAUAAGGGCAUUUUAUUUGUUUUACCUCAUGUAUAAACUUCAAGCACUUUUUUAAAGGCUUAACUGGAAAAUGUGCCUUUGCUUUAAUUGUUGGACAAC